AUGGCGGAAGGCGCAAAGGCGAACGAGAGGUUCUCCCUCAUCCAGGAGAACCUGGCCGAGGUCAUGAACCCCGAGAUCCUCGAGAAGAUUCUGGCUGAGGGACGCAACCCGAAGAUCUACUGGGGUACUGCGACAACGGGCAGACCGCAUUGCGGUUACUUCGUCCCGGCCAUCAAGCUGGCGCAGUUCCUUGCUGCCGAUUGCGAGAUGACGGUCCUCCUCGCCGAUAUCCACGGUUUCCUCGACAACCUCAAGGCCCCGAUCGAGCUCGUCGAGCAGCGCGCCAAGUUCUACAAGUUCGCCAUCACACACAUUCUCCAGGCCGUCGGCGUCUCGACCGAGAAGCUCAAGUUCGUCCUGGGCAGCUCUUACCAGAAGAGCCCCGAGUACAUCAUGGAUGUCUACAAGAUGAGCUCGCUCAUCAGCGAAAGAGAUGCCAAGAAGGCCGGCGCGGAGGUCGUCAAGCAGUCAGACAACGCCCCCAUGAGUGGUCUGCUUUACCCUGUUCUUCAAGUUUGCGACGAAGAGCACCUGGGCGUCGAUGCGCAGUUUGGAGGCAUGGACCAGAGGAAGCUAUUCGCAGCGGCGACUGAAUGGCUGCCCAAGGUUGGAUACAGAGUGCGCGCGCAUCUGCUGAACCCCAUGGUUCCGGGCCUGAAUGGUGGCAAGAUGAGCUCGAGUGACCCUGACAGCAAAAUCGACCUCCUCGAUGCCCCUGACGUCGUCCAGAAGAAGCUUCGCAAGGCUGAGUGCGUGCCCAAGGUUGCUGAGGGCAACGGCGUCCUGGCCUUCGUCGAGUACGUGCUGCUCCCUGCGGCCGCUCUGAAGGGCAAGAAGGAGUUCCGCGUCGAGCGCGAGCGUGACGGCCUCGAGCCCCUGGUUUACACCGACAUUGCUGCCAUGCACGAGGACUACAAGAACGAUGUGUUGACGCCCCAGCUCCUGAAGCCGGCUGUGACCAAGUCUCUGAAUGAGCUCCUGGCACCCAUCCAGGCAGCAUUCCAGGCCUCCGCCGAGUGGCAAGAGGUUACGACCAAGGCCUACCCGCCAGUUGAGGACGAGAAGAAGAAGAAGAAGAAGCAGCCCAAGGACAAGGGCUCUCGCUACCCCGGCGGUGCCAAAAAGGACGGCGCGGACGGUGCCGCGAAGGAGACGGAAUUGCCGGUGCGCCCGGCCGAGGAGAGCAAGUAA